UCUAAGCGCACGCGUUCGCAAUUCGCUGUGGUGUCAUGAUUGUGUUGUUGUUAAUACUUUGUGUUAUUUUCAUUUAUUUCUAUGGAACCAAAAAUCACGAUUAUUGGUCGAAGCGAAAUAUUAAACAUGACCCUCCAAUACCGCUCAUCGGAAAUCAAUUCCGAAAUCAAUUUGCAUUGAAAAGUAUGACCGACAUUGCUGUUGAAUUAUACAACAAAUACCCCAAGGAAAAGGUAGUCGGAUACUACAGAUGGACCACACCAGAACUUAUAAUAAGAGACCCUGAAAUAGCGAGAAAUAUUUUGAAUGUGGACUUUGUGCAUUUUUAUCCCAGAGGUCUUGGAAGAAAUCCGUCAGUAGAACCGUUACAAGCCAAUUUAUUUCACGCUGAUGGUGAUACUUGGAAACUUCUAAGACAACGAAUGACAUCCGCAUUUACUACAGCGAAAUUAAAAAAUAUGUUCCCGCUAGUCGUAAAGUGUGCAGAGAAGUUACAAAUUGUUGGAAAGGAUAUUGUAUCUCGUGGAGGAGAGUGUGAUGUUCGCGAAAUAAUGGCACGUUUCACAACUGAAUUUAUAGGAGCUUGCGGAUUUGGUAUUGAAAUGGAUACCAUCAAUAAUGAACACUCAUUAUUUCGGGAUCUGGGUAAACUUAUUUUUAAUAGAACACUUAAAGACGUUGUGAGAUUGAUGAUAUGGGAAGGUAUUCCAAUAACCAGAAAUUAUAUACCUGUUUUCAAUGCUGAUGUUGAAAAUGUUAUAGAAGAUAUCGUUACAAAAAUAAGAGCUCAAAGAAAUUAUAAACCAUGUGGCCGAAACGAUUUCAUAGAUCUCCUGUUAGAAAUGGAAAGUAAAGGUAAAAUUAAAGGUGAAUCUAUCGAAAGACGAAAUCCUGAUGGUACUCCAAUAGAAGUGGAAAUGGAAAUGACACUUAAGUGUAUGGUAGCACAGGUAUUUAUAUUUUUCGCUGCAGGUUUUGAAACAUCUUCCUCAGCCACAAGCUUUAUGUUACAUCAACUGGCUUACAAUCCAGAUAUUCAGUCAAAAAUUCAAGCAGAAAUUGAUGAAGUAUUAUCAAAAUAUGAUAACAAAUUGUGCUACGAUGCAAUAACAGAAAUGUCUUUACUUGAUAUGGCGUUCAAAGAAUCGAUGAGGAUGUUCCCUUCACUUGGAAAUCUGAAUAGAGUAUGCUCUAGACAAUACACAAUUCCGGAACUGAAUGUGACAAUAGACCCAGGAGUUAAGAUCAUAAUUCCAAUCGAAGCUAUUCAGAACGACGAGCAAUAUUUCGAUAACCCCAAAGAGUUUAGACCUGAAAGAUUCACACCUGAAGCAAUAAAAAGUCGCCACCACUAUACAUACUUGCCAUUUGGGGAAGGACCGAGGGCUUGUAUAGGUGCUCGUCUGGGUCACAUGCAAUCACUGGCAGGUCUUGCAGCCAUCUUGCAGACAUUCACCGUUGAGCCCACGAAGGCGACUCUUAGAUACCCUAUUGUAAACCCUCGGUCUAAUGUCGUGCAGGCAAUUAAAGGAGGACUACCGCUCAAACUGAGCUUUCGAUGAGAUUAAAACUGUUAUAAUAAUUAUUAUGACAAUAAACUAACUAAUGUACUGUUUCUUAUUGCGAAGACAAAAAUAUUGAAUAGACCUAAUAAAGAUUUUAUUUCACUACAAAGUGAAUUACAUAAAUUAU